AUGGUUUUUGGGAUCCGAGUUGCAGCCAAACGCAACACGAGCCUCAGGUGGAGACACGUACCUCCAGAAAAACUUAGUUUACGAUCUUUGAGAGUGCUCAUCUUUGGUGGGACCGGUGGUAUAGGCCAGGGACUCAGCCGGUUUCUAUGUUCUAAAGGAGCGGAUGUUACUGUGGUUGGCCAAACUUUCAGAGAAGAGGACAUUAGCGAGAUCAAGUUUAUUGAGGCCAACCUUGAGCUGAUGUCUGAGGCCAAAAGAGUAGCCCGCGAGCUUCUUGAGGAAACUUUCGAUUUGAUAAUCUUUUCAGCAGGCAUUGUAGCGGCCCCAACCCGUGAAGAAACCGUGGAAGGUAUCGAACGUGAUUUGGCUGUUAGUUAUCUCAACAGAUUAAUCUUAUUACGCACGAUACUUCCAAAACUCGAGAAAUCUCAAACUCACAUCCUAUCGAAGCCCCGGGUCUUCAUUAUUGGGUACCCAGGAGCUGGGAUCCUAGGGAGCCCCAAUGAUUUAAAUUCUGAAAAAUACUACAGUGCCAUGCGUGCGCAUAUGAACACGAUUGCGGGAAAUGAAGCUCUGGUGUUCGACUGUGCAAAACGGUACCCUAACGUCAGCUUUUUUGGGCUCAAUCCUGGACUUAUCAAAACAAACAUACGUGAUAAUCUCUUAGGCGCAGGAAGCUGGAAGUCACGUAUGGUGGAGGGCUUCAUUGAGUAUUGGUUUCAAAGUGUUGAAGAGUACGCCAAGCACGUUGGUCCUCUGCUUGUAACUCCGGAUGUGGACAGUCAUAGUCCCGCAUUUUUCAACAGCAAAGGCCAAGCCAUAUAUUCGCAGGGUUUCACCAAACACCAUGUGGAGUGGAUAAUUUCCGAAUCCGAAGCUCUUUUGGAGAAGUCACGAAUCUCAUAUUGA